AUGACAAUGACGAUGAGAUCAUUAGAACCAACACCAUACUUUGCUGGAUAUCCAUUUCAAGGUCAAGGUCGUGUAAAUCAACUUGGCGGUGUCUUUAUCAAUGGACGUCCACUUCCAAAUCACAUUCGAUUGAAGAUUGUUGAGCUUGCUGCCGCUGGUGUUCGUCCGUGCGUUAUUUCCCGUCAAUUACGUGUAUCUCAUGGAUGUGUAUCGAAAAUCUUAAACAGAUAUCAAGAAACUGGAUCAAUAAGACCCGGAGUCAUUGGUGGAUCAAAGCCUCGAGUAGCAACACCCGAAAUUGAAACAAGAAUUGAAGAACUUAAAAAGGAAAAUCCAGGCAUGUUUUCAUGGGAGAUUCGUGAGCAAUUAAUCAAAGAAGGAAUUUGUGACAAGCAAUCGGCACCAUCAGUGAGCAGCAUUAGUCGUUUAUUGCGUCAGAGAAAUGUUGGCGACGGCGAAACAGAAAUACCAAAUGAUUAUUCAAUAAACGGAAUUCUCGGACAGUCAGAUGAAAGUGAUACGGAAUCAGAGCCAGGCAUUCAAUUAAAGCGUAAACAAAGACGAUCAAGAACGACAUUUAAUGGAGAGCAAUUAGAGGCAUUAGAGCGUGCAUUUGCUAGAACACAAUACCCAGAUGUAUAUACACGUGAAGAUUUAGCACAUUCGACAGGUUUGACAGAAGCUCGUGUUCAAGUUUGGUUCUCAAAUAGACGAGCACGUCUCCGUAAACAACUCAACAGUCAACAAGUUCCAGCAUUUAACUCAAAUUUAUCAUCAUUCAGUUCACAAUAUGAAGCACCACUUCAAAUGCCUCCAACACAAACAUCAUUUGCAUCAUCAAUGCAGUCGUGGAGUCAACCCUACACACAGCAAUCGACACAAUCAGCAUUCAAUCAUAUCGGAGCACCAAUGGUAACAAGUUCUGCAGCAUUGAGUCCAGCCUCAUUAAGUUCAAGUCCCGUUCAUGGAACAACCGCAUCAACCUUACCUCAAAGUACUUCAACAUCAUCAAUCUCUGGCAAUAAUAACCAUCAUAAUAGUAUGAGCAUGAAUUACAGCACUUAUUCAUCAUCACUUGCCGAACAUAACAAUUCAACUCCACCAAUUUCGACAUCAUCUCACAAUCAUUUAAGUUCAACUCCACCCACACCGCCAGUCACAGCUUCAGCCUAUCCUCCAUUCUCAUAUAGCAGUGCUGUACCAUCAUUUGAUCAAACAUCGCAAUGGCGUGCUGCAAGUAUGACAAUGCAAAGCAAACCAACGAUGGCAAUGUCGAACACAGGAUUCGAGUGGGAUGCAGCUUAUAGUUCCUUUUUCGCAACUAACAUGAAUCAUUAUGGUCAGACGACGACAGCCAGCGGACAUUCACUAUCGCCGUCGAGUGCUGAAGCUAAAGCAUAUCACGGAUUGGAAAUUAAUCGUGUUCAUUAA